AUGGCAAAUGCUGACGCAUUGAUAGCAAGUCUCCAAGACAUCAACGGCGAAGCCUUCACGGACAACGCCGAGAGGAUACGCGCGCGAUACGCCCUCUACGACGCCCUGCGCAAGGUCCAGACGCCGUGGGACAUCGCGUGGGACCACAUUGUCGUCAAGGGCGGAGGCAAUGCCGCCAUCAAGACCCUGAUUGAUGCUGGCGUCUUUGAGAAGUGGCAUGAAGCUGGUGGGGGGCCUGUCACCUGUGACGAGCUUGCAAAGCUCACCACCGGCGCCGAUGCCCUUCUCAUACGACGCAUGAUGCGUGCUAUCGCAGGCCAGCGCCUCGUCAUAGAAACUGACAUCGACACCUACGCCCGUACGCCGUGGGCGCGGGCCCUCGGGGAGGACGCCCCGCUGCUGGCCAUGUACGGCGGCUUCUAUGGCGAGCUGACGAACCCCAUGUUCCGGAGCCUGCCGUACUUCCUCAAGGAGACGGUGUACAAGAACCCGACGGACCGCAACAACUGCAACUUCCAGCGCUGGCAGGGCGACCCGGACGCCGUCUUCUUCAAGUACGUCGGCACGAACCCGCUGCUGACGUCCGACUUCAACGACGUCAUGGAGUGCCACUCGCGCGACAACCUCACGGCGUGGCCAAACGUGUACUCCACGGAGCGGCUCGUUGACGGGGCGCACCCGUGCCGGGCGCUGGUGGUGGACAUUGGCGGCGGCAGGCGGCACGAUUUGAAAAAGUUCCAUCUCCGCCACCCGCAGGUGCCUGCGCGGAACCUCAUCCUCCAAGACCUCCCCGACUUUCUCAAGGCGUCAACCUACGACUUCUUCACGCCGCAGCCCGUUCGCGGGGCGCGGGCGUACUUCCUCCACAACGUGCUGCACGACUGGCCCGACCCGACGGCCGUGGAAAUUCUGCGGACGACGGCCGAGGCCAUGGAGGGGGGGUACUCGAAGCUGCUGAUCCACGAGAGCCUGAUUAGUGAGAAGGAACCGCUGUGCAAGGUGACGGCGACGGAUAUGAUCAUGAUGGCGGAGCUGGCGUCGGCGGAGAGGACGGAGGGACAGUGGUGUGAGCUGAUUGCGAGCGCGGGCCUGCGGGUGGUGAAGAUUUGGAGGCCAGUGCAGGCGGUUGAAAGUGUCAUCGAGACGGAACUGGCGUGA